UCAGACCACAGCACAGAGAGAUUACUUCAUAUGAUUUCACUUUCCCACCAUUUAAAAUUACAGCUUAUUGGCUUUAGACUGAGAACAUUAUUAUUGUAUUUUAAAGCUACAGACUUAGAGUAAAAAAGGUGUAUUUUUUAAAACACAAAUUAGGUACCUGGGAUAUUUCUUGGAUUGGAUUAAUUGAGGUAUAAUCCUUACCCACAAGGCUGGAGACUAUGUCUGUGUUCCUGUGGGCACUGGGUCUCUCUCUGCUCAUGCAGAGCUGUAUGUGCAGUAUUGAACAGACGGGCAGCGGCUGCAUGAAAUGGUAUUCAAAAGGAGACGAUAUUUGCUGUGAAGCCUGCCAUCCUGGACACCGCCUGGUCAAAGAAUGUGGUCCAAACCCGAAAGACCUUUGUACUCCUUGUGGGGCCGGGAGAUAUACUGUGGCUCUUAAAAGCUACAAAUGUGACAGGUGUACACAGUGUGUAGGUGCUCAAGUGUAUGUGAAACGGUGUACAGCCUCGACUGACACAGUGUGUGGCUGCAAAGAGGGACUCGUCUGUGCUGAUAAACGCUGUUCCUACUGUAAAAAGUGUGAAAUAGGUCAAGAAGUCAUCAAUGGAGACUGCAGGCCAUGUCCAGAUAAAACCUUCAACGACCAAACUCACCUGAAGUGUAAACCCUGGAGUGACAGGUGUCCCAACCUAAAUGAAGUGAAGCUGGCCGAGGGUACUGCAAUCAGUGACAUUAAGUGUGUAGUCAAUGCAACAUUAACUCCAGUGGUCAGUCCAGCAAAAAAAUCUGAUCCCACAGAACAAGGAUGGCCAUUGUAUUUAUCCGUGGUCACCAGUAUGGUUCUGAUAGCCAUUUGCAUCAUUAUCAUCAGCAGCAUUGUGGGCACAAAACUCUUCAAGAAAAGACAGGAAGAAGAGACAAAUACUGAAACAAAAACACCGAUAAUCAGAGUCCCUACAGAUGACCCCAGGACAUUAAUAGCAGUUGAGUGCAGCUUUCACGAGGCCCAGCAAGAGCAAGGCAGCAGCUCGGAGUCGCUCGCAUCCAAAGAGUCCUCAGACCAGCUCAUUGUAUGAAUGGAAGGGGAAUGCCACACUGAAGCUCCGGUUAUGUUUUAGCUGAAUGCUAUGAAAGGAAACAGGAUAUCCUAAAUGUGAUGGGGGGGGGGGGUCUUCUUUGAUGUGUAAUUUUUUUUAGGACUCUGAAUGAAGAAAAUCAAGCACUUUGUUUGCCCGGCUGCCUUUUUAUCCACCCUAUUUACUUUUAUCAGAAUAACAAAAGUGUUGGUUACAAUCUUAGGUCAGGUCAGGGCCAACGUUCUGCUCUACAGUUACACCAGGAUAUAAUUACAGUGAUGACACAGAAAAUGUACACAGGGGAGGAAGGGGACUUCUGACAGGGAAAAAACAAAGUGGACUUACAACCUUCUAUUCAUCAUGUAAAUUAUUACAGGAGGAUGUGUUUUUCCCUUUCAGUUCUGCUUGAGUCCUUAAAUAGGUGAGGAAGGUUUUAAAUAUUUUUUACACCAGAAAACAACUUGAUACAACAAUUUUAAAAACUACUUUCUAUAAAAGCAUGUGACUUGUGCCAAUGAAUUGUGUAAUACUGUAGCAUUUAUAUGGGUAUGAAUGAGUUUCACUAUUCUGACAUUUGCAUGUCUGAGCAGUAAAGCCGCUGAGUGCUGCUCUGUGUGAAUGUACAGUGUAGCUGGGUGUAAAAACCUGACCACAAACUGUUUUGAGUCAUGCCUGUGGCCGUGCCUACACACACCUCCGAAAAUAGUUUAGUUUUACUCAGACGUCAGUGAGCAACCUAGUUACCUACUAUUAACUGUUGUAUUUGUAUAGCUUGUAUAUUUUAACCCUGGUUAUGUUGCAGCAGCUUAACUAGGACAAAGGGUAUUUUAAUUAUGAUUUUAUGUGGUAAAACAUUUAUGAUUUAUCGGUGGAUAGUUUGUUACUUUUUGACUGUUUUUGUUGAUUAUUUAAAUGUUUCUAUAGAAAACAGAUUGUUUACAAUAGUAAGUAUCACAUUGAAUACAGCAUGCUCCUAAACCUUACUUAACAUUACCAGGAAUUAUAUGGACUUUCCUACAAAUGCUUCACUGGUGUCAAAAAGUCCAGCAAGGGGAUUUUCCCUUUUUGACAAUAGGUAAUCUUACAAGAGAUGUAAUUAAAAGCACAAAGGAAUCUACAGUCAGUACAAAGUGUACAUAUUUACAAUCCCUUGGUGUUUCCUUUUUAAACUGUGAAUAUUGGCACAGCAUGUCUUGAGCAAGCUAUGACAUGUCUCUUGAGCAAGAGUUGGCACCACGUUGGUUAUUCAUUGCAAAAUCUCUAAGAUUGUGUGUCAAGUGGCAGAUAACGCUAUUUGUCACAUGCUGCAUAAAGAUAUUUGAGAUUCCCAUUACAUGCGUCAUGUGGGAAAUCCUCAGGACAAAUGUGAUUUGUUUUUAUUUAACAAGUAGAAAAGGUCAUGUGGAAACCCCCCCACCAGCCAGUCUUGUACUACUUUUUGUUUUGCUAAUCAUUUAGCACAGUGGAGUAGGCAGCUAGAUCAGAGUAAGUGGAACUUUUUUUUUUUUUUUUUACACAAACGCAUGUCUUUUCUGAACUGUAGCAGGCGUUUAUCUUUGUUUGUAAAUGGAACAACAUUUGAGAAAUGUGCUGUGUGGGCUUAGGGUUUAAAUGUAAGCCCACACCUCAAGUAAAGUACCACGUAUGAGUCACAACUCUAUUACAGUGAUGUCUGCUGAAGGACCACAAGUUCACAGGUGCUGUCUAAAGAAGAGUUACUGUAUGGUAGAUAGGUACCAUUUUCACAUGAACUGUAGCACUUAACCUAUCAAAUGUUAUCUGCACUUAUGAUUUGUUUGGUAUAUAAAUGUAUCUUCAUGCCUUACUAUAUUUUUUUUUUAUAUGACCUGUUAUAUGUUUAACUGGAUUACACUGGACUGUGUAUUUUCUUACACUGUACUUUUAUAACUUCUUAGACAAUAAAAAUUGGACUUUUUAUUUUA